GUGAAACGUCAAGGCAGCGAGGAGAGGCAAGGAAAGGGGUGGGAAAAAAAACACACGAAAAGAUUACAGCCCCGCGAGCCGUCCCCUGGCUGGACCGCGCCGCGUUGAGAUGGCAAUACCGUAGUGUGACAGCAGCAGCGGCCAGACGCAGCGCCGAAAUGUAGCUAACAGCAGCCCUGCAGCUGGGCAGCGGCCAGGCACCAGGCCAGUCUGAAAUGCGCUGCCUCCCCUAGCUGUGGCGGCUUUUUCUUACCGGGACCCAUCCGGCUUGGCUUUUCCUCCCGCGACUCCGCGGCGUAACGCGAAGGCGUAAUUCCCUCGGUGCUUGCCGGGUCUCUGCGGUUUGCUGCAUCCUCCGGGCGCCCAGGAUGGCGGAGGCUGAGUUGCACAAGGAAAGGCUGCAAGCGAUUGCAGAAAAAAGGAAAAGGCAGACGGAAAUAGAAGGGAAGAGACAACAGCUCGAGGACCAGAUUCUUCAAUUGCAGCAUUUCAAGUCAAAAGCACUUCGGGAAAAAUGGCUGCUGCAGGGAAUUCCUGCAAGUUCUCCAGCCGAAGAAGAAGCCAGGAAGAGGCAGUCAGAAGAAGAUGAGCUAAAGGUGAAAAAGCUUGAAGGCAACAUCCAUAGAUUAGAACAAGAAAUAGGAAAGCUUGAACGUGAAGAAUCCCAAAUAUCUGCCAAAGAACAGAUCAUCUUAGAGAAACUAAAGGAGACGGAAAAAUCUUUUGAGGACUUACAAAAGAGUUUCUCACACCAAGAUGGAGAUGCAGUAAAUUACAUUUACUCCCAGAUCCCUGAACUCACAACUCUCUAUUCACAAGCAACAGAGCCUGUUCCUGGGAAAGAAAAAACAAGCAGGGUAACUGCUUUGUACAGCAUGGAAAUUAAUGUGGAGAAAGACAAACAAACAGGAGAGACCAAGAUUCUCUCUACGUCCCCCAUUGGCCCUGAGGCUGCCCGUCAGAGAGGAAUCAAAGUCUAUGAUGAUGGUACCAAAGUAGUCUAUGAGAUGCAUUCUGCAGGCACGGUGGUAGAAAAUGGAGUACAUAAGUUAAGCUCAAAGGACGUAGAUGAACUUAUUCAGAAGGCGGGGCAAUCAAGCAUAAAAGGAGGGGCUAUAUCAAUAGUGGAUGGAAACCUCAGCCACAUGAAGGAGCAAAUUCUUUUUAAGGAAGCAAAACUAGAGAUGGUGCACAAGCCCAGCAAAAGGCUUUCUGAGAACCCUCAACACCAAGCAAAACUCUCUGGGGAUGAAAUCCCAGAAGCCAGUGCAGAUCACCCAGUAACAAUGAUAUUUAUGGGUUACCAAAAUAUUGAUGAUGAAGAUGAGACCAAAAAGGUAUUGGGCUAUGAUGAGACAAUCAAGGCUGAACUGGUCCUUAUUGAUGAAGAUGAUGAAAAGUCAUUACGUGAGAAGACAGUGACUGAUGUGUCAACCAUGGAUGGAAAUGCUGCUGAGUUAGUUUCUGGGAGGCCCUUGUCAGACACAACAGAGCCCUCUUCACCGGAGGGGAAAGAAGAAAGUCUACCCAUGGAAAAAGUCCCAGAAGCAGAGGGAUUUAUCAUGUGGUCUGAAAAUAUCAAUGAAAGCCCUCAGGUGAAAGCGACAGCUUUGAAAUCAGCUACAUGCUACGGAGAUGACAUAAAGUUAAGAAAACAGAAAGACCAAUAUAGUGCCAAUUGCUUGGAGUCUGCUAGUAAUUGCACAACAGAGCAAGACAAAAUGGAAAUCGAAGCCCUUGUUUCAGAACAUAAAAACAGCACAGCGGGGACCUCAACAUGUGCAACAGACAAUCAGAGUCACUUACUUUCAUCUAUUGCCAGUCACAAUGGACUGAAAGACCGACAUGAAUCUUUGGACAGUGAAGUUGCUAAAGAGAUCAGGUAUCUUGAUGAGGUGCUAGAAGCAAACUGCUGUGAUUCUCCCCCUGAUAACCCCUUUAAUGGGAUGACUUCCUCUUCUCCUGAGACAAGUGUACCUAUUGUUGUGGAUGGCUCUAGUCCAUCUGUUCAUAUUACUAAUGAUUUUCCAGUACUCAGUGAGCAUAAUGGCACUAGAGUCGGAGGACAAACACCUCCAGCCUUUGAACAUGGUGGAAUUAAGACAGCAUCUGGGAAGCUAAAACCCAAUGGCCAUUUUGUGGAGAUAUUGCAAGAGGAGCACUGUGACAGUCUGAAGGUGCCAGUGAGUCCAUGCUCUUCCACAAGCUCAAGGUCUUCCAAGGAUGGAGAGUUAACAUUAGCUACCAUUAAGAAAGAAGCCAAGUUUGAGCUUAGAGCAUUUCAGGAAGACAAAAAGCCAUGUAAGCUUUUUGAGGAAGAGGAUCCAGGAGAGAAUUAUAGAGUACGUAAAGUGAGGCCUUCUGAUGAAAUGAUAGAAUUGGAAAAGGAGAGACGGGAGCUCAUCCGAAGCCAGGCUGUCAAGAAAAAUCCGGAGAUAGCUGCCAAGUGGUGGAAUCCACCCCAAGAGAAAACAUUAGAGGAGCAGUUAGAUGAAGAACACUUGGAGUCUCACAAGAAGUACAAAGAACGCAAAGAGAAACAACAGCAUCAGCAACAACAACAACAGCAACCAUCAUCAGUGCCUGUAAAGCAUGUCUCAUAUUCCUUUGCACCAUCAGAUUCAGCCAAUAAAUAUCAAAAAGUUGAUAUUGUCACAGAACAAAUUGAUUUUUCAGCUGCUCGGAAACAAUUUCAGUUAAUGGAAAAUUCAGAUCAGCAAAAUAACCCAGCUGCACUGAAGCGAUCAGGGACCCCUAAAAUGUUCACUAUCCAACCAUUCUACAAACCAAUCGGUCCAUCCCAAAUGGACCGGCGAACAAUCUCUGUUACAAAACCUAUGACUGCAUGCGGACAGGCUGUACAGGCUGGCAAUAAUGAUGUAGCUAUUGCAAGUACUGAGAAGGUGUCCUGCAUCUCAGAUGACAGCAUUAUUGAGAAUAUCUCUGGUGAUCCUAUAGGACUAUCUUCUUAUGGUGAUUCUACAAAGUGUGUUCAGGCCAUCAAGAUAUGGCCAGAUGAUGAUGAAUUCAUGAGUGCAAAAGCAGUCCUUACAGUGGUGAAGGAUGAUGAACAGAGCGUAUUAGAUCAGUUCUCAAAAUCUAUCAGUGUUUCUUCUCCUCCAGAAGAACUAGACUCUGGUUUAGAUGAAUUGUCUGUCAGAUCACAGGAUACGACUGUUUUGGAAACUCUUUCCAAUGACUUUAGCAUGGAUAAUAUCAGUGACAGUGGUGCCUCCAAUGAAACAAUGAAUCCCCUUCAAGAAAAUUCCCUUACUGAUUUCUCCUUGCCCCAGACUCCACAAGCUAACACACCUUCUGAGGGUCAAGGAGAUGUUCCAAAGUCACUUAGUGACCAUGGUUUUUAUUCCCCUUCUUCACCUUUAGUCAAUUCUGUGCUCACUGAUGAGCAGUUGGAAUAUCAGGCUGAUCUCCUGGUUCAAAAUGCUAUUCAACAAGCCAUAGCUGAGCAGGCUAAUAAAAUGAGUUAUCAGCAAGCAAAAGAUGUCAUGGAGCAAACAAAUGGACAGGUCAAGGAACAAGAGGAGCUGGUCAGGGCACCACAUUCUGAGAACCCGCGUGGUUCAACAUUUCAGCCACCUCAAGUGUCAUCUCCUAUGCAAGAGAAACGUGAUACAGCACCAAAGACAUCAGCAGCUCAAGAUUCUGCACUCAGGGAAGAGCAACCAUCUCCUGCUGCUUAUUCCACCCAGGUAGUCAGUGUGGAAGAAAUCAAGCCGGAAGUCAGCUACUUUAGCAAAUAUUCAGAAGCAGCUGAGCUUAGAAGCACAGCUUCCAUUCUGGCUAUGCAAGAAACAGAGGUGACCGUAGGGCCUUUUAAGCUAAGAUCAAAAAAGCAGAGGACUUUGUCCAUGAUAGAAGAAGAAAUACGUGCAGCCCAAGAGAGAGAGGAGGAACUAAAAAGACAAAGACAGGAUACGCAGCUAACACAGAACCCUGUCACAAAGAGUGCACCUUCGCUACCCACCCGAACUGCAUCUUACAAAACUGCACCAGGUAAAAUAGAGAAGAUCAAACCACCUCCAUCUCCAACUGGUGAAGGUCCCCCCUCGCAUUCCGACUCAGCAUCAGAUGAAGCUGGAGGAUCCCAAAGAGCCAAGAACCUGAUGCAGACUCUUAUGGAAGAUUAUGAAAGUCACAAAACCAAAAGGCGGGAGAGGAUGGAUGAGAACAGUUACACCUAUAAAUUACUGUCUAACAAGGUUACUUCUGAGGUCCUUGAGGCUACUAGAGUUAAUCGCCGGAAGAGUGCACUAGCACUGCGGUGGGAAGCUGGCAUAUAUGCUAACCGGGAAGAAAAUGAAUAGACUUAUUGGCAAAAUCUGAGAGCCUUUUUUUUUUUUUAAUUGUAGAGACCAGGAAACCAAAUAAGAGAAAGAAGUUUUAAUUUUUUAAAAAAGCUACAGCAUUUUAAUCUGGUAUUUAUUACAAACAUACAAGUCUCUGCAAUCCAUGUUAGAACAGGAUCAGUUGAUAUAUAUUAUAGGCAUACAUGCACAAAUACAACGAAGAAUUAUAGUAAGAAACACAUCUGCUACCCUCCUCUCUGAAAAACUGAAGAAGCAAACAGUAGUCUUGGAGCUGCCAUCAUCACUAGUUAUAAGAAACCGCAGCAGGGAUCAUCCAAGUGAAUAUAUUCCAGAGUGAGUAGAAUGAAACAUGGUCCUUCACCAUGUUAGCUUCUCGGCCAUGUAUUUGGAAUAGGAAGAAUCUGGAUUGUAUGCCAUUUGACCACAAGAUGGCACUUCUGGAUAUGAACAGUUUCAGCUUUCUUGGAGCUUGGGCUACACCGACGCAUAAGUGGCAUUUCUAAGCUGGCUAUUAUUCUAUUAUAUCCCAGGUAUUAUAUAGCGAGGGUUUCUUUUUUGCUUUGUUUUCUGCUAUUUUUAAAGAAUCGGGAGAGGUUCUUGAAGUCUAAAUAACUUCCUUUUUAAAGAGGCUGUUAAUUUGCAAAUGUGAAUGUACAAUCCAUACAUUUAGCCAUAAAAUGCAAUGUGUUGUUUUUACUGAUAACUUUGAAAAGUAUGGAGAGAUGGCAGACGGUUUAUGUUUUUCUUGUAUGUGUUUCUUGGUUGUUGUUGCAAACUUGCCAUCCUUUUUUUUUUCCAUAAUCAAUAUGCUUCAUACAAUUCCCUUUAUUAUUGCUGCACAUUCUAUAGGUAGGUUAGAAGAGGUAGAGAGAAAUGCCAAAGCAGAAUAUCUUAAUUCUAGUGGCUUGUAUACUUGCAGUUACAAAGUUGGCCUCAAUGUGUAUUUGCAUUAUCAUUUGUGCUUAAUAGGCAACAAUUAUUAGACGAUGAGAAAGGGAAUAUAUAAUAAAAUCAAUAAGGAACAAUCACACUGAGUUAGAAGGGUAAUCACGGAUUUGAAAACAUUUGACUAUUUUUUACUAAAGCAAUAAUUGAUGUUCAGCAGAUUGGUAAAUAGAAGAAUAUGAAAGAGAAAUAGUUAUAUCUUUAACUAUAUUUAUACUAUAUAAAUGUCGUAUCUUAGUGUUAUUAAAGCAUGUGGAGGAAUGUUUUGCAUUUCCAGAAAAUGAAAGUUGUAGAAGGUAACAGAGAGAGGGGUCAGAGAAGAAGGUUAGGGUCAAAGGAUUACUUUUGAUGUUCCAGUUGUGCUUUCAAAACUAAAAGAUAAUGGAGCAUCUUCAGUUCAAGUAUAGCCUGGGAACUUAUGACAAAGGAAGAGGGGAUGGGUGUGCGUUAUUUCUGUAUCUGUAAAUUGGAAUGACAGGAUCGUGGAGAUUUGGGUGUACAGAUUAUUUUCUCCAAAGCUGUUUGUCAGCUCUAGGGGUAUAAACAUUUCUUUUUUUAUGAAAAGGGAUCUAAUAUGGCACUAAGCCACUGCUGUAUUUGUAGUAACAAAGCUGACCCAAUAUGGUAUUUGCAUGAGUUACUAUUUCAAAAUGUUAUUGAACAGUUUUGUAAUCCGACAUUGAGAAGAGAAAGGCAGUAUUUAUUCUUGCCAGAGUAUUAAGAGCUGCCAGAAUACUCCUUGUUCAGGGAAUGCAGUGCAGUACUGGACAUCCAUAAUUUCUAAUCUAGAAUAGAUAAUAUUUUAGGCAAUGGUAAGAAUGUUAUAAGGAUCUUAAAAAGAUUACCAUUGCCUGAUUUUUAAAGGAAAAACCAACAAGCAGUCACAUAUACAUUUCACUUUCCAUAUGUUUCAUAUUGUGAACAGAAUUUUUGUAUAUUUCUGAUAAGAAUUUAGAAGACGAGCUUAUUUACAAUUUAUUCCCACCUAUUAAAGGUGCAUAUAAAUUAGGAUGACUACCACAGCCUUGAAGAGAUUCUUGUCUUGUUGGAUGUAGAAAACAAUGCAGAAAGGUUGGGCGAUCAAGUGAUCCUGCUUAUAUGUACCACAGUCUUUGGCAGCUUCUAAUACAAACCUCCCAGUUAUGUGUAUGGACCUUCUAUGGCCAGCAAUAAAAAUUUGAACUCACAUGUAUGUAGUAAAUGCUUUCUUCUUCCAUAGCUGGCAACAAGAGAGUAUCCCAUUUGCAUGCAUGUCUUCCAUUGCUGGCUUACAAACCAAGUCAGCAUCUUGCUCAGUAUAUUAUAAAUCAAUGGGCAGAUAUAACAGAUAAAGUAUCUGCAGAUUUUGUAAGCCAAAAUUUCAGUUCUACAGUUGGAAUAUAUUUUACAUAAAUGCUUCCCACUUGUUUAAAAGUUUAUAAAAGUUUGGGACCCAAUCUGGCCAGAUUCUGGCAUUCGUACUGAUUUCCAUAGGAGCACUUGGGAUUUAAAUGUACUUAAUUUAUCUGGAUUAUGUGCUAAGCAAGUUCAGAGUCUACAAUGCAGCAUAGGAAAGAGUAUUCAAGACAUAAAUAUGAGAUGCAAUAGGUAUGUGGAGAAAAGAGAUGGGGCACAGUAACCAAGAAACAGAAAAAGUUGGAGAGCUGUCCAAGUCAAGCAUUGGCCAGCAAAGGCCCACUAAUAUCUUCAGUAUUUUAUUUUUGAGCCUGGAGCACAAACUGCCUAUACAAUCAAGCUGAGUUGUAUGUCUGUGUAUGUGUUUUAACGCCUGAAGUCUGUGUUCUUUAAAAUGAGGUGAACUUUCUCAGGUUUAUGAAGAAGAAUUUGUGCUAAAAAUGCAAUAUGCUGUGUAAGAUCAAAAAUGAAUGAGGAGAAUAUACAUUGGUAUAUACAUUCACCUCUACUUCAUUACAACUCUUUUUGCAAAAUUGUGGUUUUAUAGUGAUGAAAAUAAAACCAAAGACAAUUAUUUGCUUGGAAUUGGAUAAUUUCUGCCCUUUUUUAGUUUGUAGUCAACUUAGCAUGAAGGACAAAGAGUUGUUCAGGAAACCCCCAUUUUCUACAUAUAUAAAUAAAAAUAACUUCACAAUGGUC